CAAUACGUGACCAGAAGAGUAUCUCAUUUGACUCGUGACUGCCUGAAGCAAUGGGGGGGCUUUCUGUCUGACUGCGAGUCCGUCCGCGCGCGCUGGCGCGCGUGUGUGUCGUGUUGGUUUGGGGGGUCAUGACCCUCCAGAGGCGGGUGUUCCUCCGUAAGCUCACAGCUGCUGCUGCUUCUUCUUCGUCUUCUUCUCCUCCUCCAUCCUCCCUUUGCUGUCGCACACACGUGCUCAGAUUCAGUCAGUCUGCAGCCGUCAACAUGGCAGAGGAGGUGAAGAAACUAGCAGCGUACUCUGCCGUGGACAACAACGUCCAGAACAAUCAGGUGGUGGGAGUGGGUAGUGGGUCGACCAUCGUGUAUGCUGUGGACCGGUUAGCCGAGAGAGUUCGACAGGAAAAGCUCAACAUCGUGUGUGUGCCCACCUCCUUCCAGGCUCGGCAGCUGAUUCUGCAGCACGGCCUGGCGCUGUCGGACCUGGAAAGACACCCAGAGCUGGACGUGGCGAUCGACGGCGCGGACGAAGUGGACGCUGAGCUCACGCUGAUCAAAGGCGGCGGCGGCUGUCUCACUCAGGAGAAGAUUGUCGCCGGCAACUCGAAAUGUUUCGUCGUCAUUGCUGACUACAGAAAGGAUUCCAGAGCUCUGGGGGAGCAGUGGAGGAAGGGUGUUCCCAUUGAGGUCAUCCCCAUGGCGUACGUUCCUGUCUCCAGGGUGAUAGCUAAGCGCUUCGGAGGGGAGGUCAAUUUAAGGAUGGCAGUCAGUAAAGCAAAAGAGCAAAGUCAGGGAGGAGACAUUAGAUCAGAGGCCAGCAGCAGGGACGAUGAUGAUGUUGAUGAUGAUGAAGGGUCUUCUGAGGGUCCCGUCGUCACCGACAACAGCAACUUCAUCCUGGACUGGAAGUUUGAGCACGUCCAGAACUGGAGCGAGGUCAACACCGCCAUCAAGAUGAUUCCUGGUGUGGUGGAGACGGGGCUCUUCGUCAACAUGGCCGAACGGGCGUACUUUGGGAUGGAAGACGGAAGCGUGAAGGUUCGGAAGGCUCCCAUCAUCUAAUGAGUUGGCCACAGGCUCCGCCCACAAAGUGCCACGCUCACAACCCAGCUACAGCACGGGAGCUCACUGACCUCGCAAAAUAAGUUCCAAACUAAGAACUGAUUUACUUUCACGUUCAGAAGGUGCUGCUUCUGAUUUUAUGGGUGUUUUUUUUUUAAGUGCCUGAUGAGAAAAAGCUAGCUGGCAGAUUUUACUGUUGGAGGAGUUUUGACUGAACAGAUGCAGAACUGGGUUUUAAAGCUGACCGGGUCACCGGAGUUUAGCUGAAUAGAGCAAAGCUGUGCCUUUUGAUUUUAAAAUUACAUUUAAAAAGCCUCGCUGCAUGUGUCGCGUUAGUGUAACGAUCCAAAAUACACAGAAAAACACAGAUCACACUUCAAGAGUGAAGCAGUCAGGUUUGAACCUUCAGAUGCAUCUACGUACAAUCUAUCAAAACAAAGUCUGACGUACCGUAAAGAGCAAAGGUGAGCCGUAAAAUGUUCCCUCUAAAAGCAGAAACGACGCAUUCUUCUGAGAAGCUAAAUGUUCAACAAGAACACUUUGGCAUUCAUCAUUUUGUGGCUCAUUUUCCAUUUCCUUGUCAAAAGGAAAAGAGAUGGUAGUGAAAAGGUUUAGAAAAUGCUGGCGGUUUCCUCCUCGGUUGCAUCAACUCCUCUUGCGGCUGUUUAGAGGAGUCAGCUGAGAAGUGUGCGGCUUCACAGUUUGUCACAUAAACUGUCUAUUGUUUGAUUCUUUUGUGCCUGUGGCAAACUUACGUUACAGUUUCUCCUCACAGCAGGUGUCUGGAAGCAGGAAGUCUUGUGCCAUAAGCUCAUUUUAAAAACGAAAACCAGUGAUGAUGGUGAUUAAUUCAAAACAACAAACAACCUUCCAACACAAAUAUAGUGGGCAAAUCUCAAAAACUGAGAUUUGUGUUGCUGUUUAGAUCUUUCAAAUAAAUCAGGUUCCCUCUAUUUGCCUUCUAUUUUGGUUCUCCUUUACGGGCUUUUUAAAAAAAAAAAAAAAAAAUGGUACAGCAGGAUUUUCUACAUACUAGAUUACUGUCAUAGGUUGCAUCCGUUUUAAAUUGAUGAUACAGUGCCUCAUACUGUAAUUUGAUGCUUGCAUAUAUAUAUUAUUAACUGUAGGAGACUGAAAACGUCACAUCCUGGCUAAUGUGAUACCAAUAAGACGUUUUUCAGUUUCCAAAAAAGCCACUGUUGAAUUGAAACCGUGAAAGUUGUCUCUGUGACUCUGCGGUACAUCAAUAAAGUUUCUGAAGGGAAAAGCUACGUUCUAAAAACAAAAAUGAACAAAAAUGACACUGUGCAUGAAUACCUUUGCACCAGCAGCUUUUUCUUUUUUUAACCAGUUGACUGUGAUUUUUUUAUUUUUUAUUUUUCCUUGUAACCGAUACCGGACCAAGUUAUAACCCAUGCUUGUUUCAUGUCUGAAUUGUUGGAACAUAACUUGCUCCAAUAAAAGUUGAGUGUGAAAAAAUG